CUCUUGUCGCAGCGUGCCAAUUAUGGUUGUGCGGCUGCUGACUGGCGGUCGGGGCCUGGGAGUGGCCCUGCUGGCGAUGCUUGUGCUUGUUGGCAAAAGUUCCGCUGCUGCGAACUCCAGUUCAGUGGUCGCCAGAAAUGCGACAGAGCUCAUGGCAGCACUGAAAGACCCGGUCGUCACACGAAUUCAGCUGGCCGACGGAGUCGUGAACCUGCUGGACGGCGUGGGCAGCCCCGUGACCCUGGGCGCCAACCGGAAAGUAGAAAUCGUUGGCAGCGUACGAGUUCUGCAGCAAUUGGACAGCGGCACAGCCUGGCUGCGGCCGGAUGCGCUGCAAUACGCGAGCGGCAUUGACUUUGGACAGGGUGGCAGCGCCGGAAUGAUUCGCCUGGCGGACAACAGCAGCCUUGCUUUCGUUGACCUGCUACUUUGGCACAGUCUUACCUCCAUUAUUGGCUAUGAUGUGUCGGUGAUAGCGCUGGCGACGCCAGGGGCAAGGGUCAGCGUAAACUUCACUCGCACAAUCAAGCUGCGGGAUGGAUGCUUGCCACUCAACAUCUUCGUGCAGCACGUCGCGGCGUACGUGCGCCUGAACGGCAGCGCUGGGGGCCAGGUGGCAUCGCUGGAGCCCUUCUGCUACGCCAACCCAGCCAACGUGUCCGUAAGCCAGCUGGGCACACCACUGGUCACCAAGAUCAGCGGCGGGGGCAGCAAUGUGACCACAGUACUCCUCAACAGCACGGCCAGUAGGGGCGACCGGGUGCCGGUCACGUGCGUUUCGGAGAUUCUGGCAACCACGGACGUGGCCACCACGAUUACCCGCCCCAACGGCCAGUCGUACAGCCUGUACGAAUUUCACAGCGCCUACUGGUGCCGUGCCUACGCCAGCAUGUCCUGUUUGAGCGCCAGCGGCCCGGAGGAGUGCGUGCAAAACCUGUUGGCCUCGAUAGUGCCGCCCGGGAACGGCAGUAGCAGCGGGAAUGGCACCGUCAAGGAUGGGGCGAACGGGGCCUCGGAUGGCGGUAGCAACCCGCUCACGGCCAUCCUGCUGCCGGCGGUGCUGACGGGUGUCAUCACGCUCGGCUUCAUCUCCGCGACGGUGUGGUGCUUGCACCGGCGUGGCCAGAUGCAGCACGACUCCAAGCGCGGCAGCUCGUUGGGCCUGAGCCCGGCAGCCGCCAUUAUGGCCGCUGGCGGCCACGGCCCCGGCAGGGACCCCGAGGCGGGCGGCGGCGCAGCAGCGGGGGGUGGCGGCGGCGGUCAUGCCUGGCCGGGCGGGCGUGUGGGCAAUGCGCUGGCGCGGCUGCUGCCCCGGGGCGUGCUGCCCCGGCAGAACAACUGCGCUCUCUCGCCGGGCUAUGUCCCGGUGGUGAGCAGGGAGGCGCUGGACCGCAUUGCCAAGGUCCGGGCCGAGCUGAGCAGCAAGAUGGUGGUGGCCUCCAGCGCUGACGACCUCAGCGACGUGCGGGGGCUGCAGCUGGUGGGCAAGGGCACAUUCGGCCGAGUGUACAAGGGCGAGUGGAAGGGCGUGACUGUGGCCCUCAAGGUGAUCAGCGUGCCGGUCAGCCAGUACGGGCAGGCGCAGUGGCAGCAGGUGCUGGGGGAGGCGGCCAUCUCCACGCUGCUUAACCAUCCAUGCGUGCUCCAGACAUACUCUGUCGCCCUGUUGGAGUACUCCCCGGCACGCAAGCCCGCCAGCGCCGCCUCCGAGGACGGACUGGGCGGCUCCGCCAAUGCCAACGCCAACGGUGAGGGCGGCGCGCCCGUGACUGCCGCCGCCGGCAACGGCAAUUCUGCGGACCACGCGCUCCUGGAUUCCGAUAUGUCGCCCUUCUACCAACUCAAGAUGGUGUCAGAGUUUUGCGAAGGAGGGUCAGUGGUGAAUGCGCUCAAGCGCAUGCGAUUCUACGACUCUGUGGGCGGUGGCGUGGUGCGGCUUCCCGCCAUUGUGGACAUUGCCAGCCAGGUUGCGAGCGGAAUGGCCUACCUGCACAGUGCCAACAUCAUCCACGCAGACCUCAAGGCUGCCAACGUGCUACUCAAGCAGCAGCCCGGCAGCGGCCGCCUGCAGGCCAAGGUGGCGGACUUCGGACUGUCGUUCCGCAUGGAGGAACCCGAGGCCACCCACGUGACAAAGGGCCAGCUGGGCUCCAUCACACACAUGGCGCCGGAGGUUCUGGUGCAAGGCCGCGUGUCCAAGUCCUCAGAUGUGUACGCCUUCGGCAUCCUGCUGUACGAGCUGUACACGGGGCAGCACGCCUACUACGACAUUCCGCCGCCCAUGCUGGCCUACCACGUGGCCACCGCAGGGGCGCGGCCGAUGUUGCCGGCGCACUGCCCCACCGCCUACCGCGCCCUGGCCAAGGCGUGCUGGAGCUCCGACGUGCCGACCAGGCCCACCUUUAGCCAGAUCUACGAGGUCCUGGUGGCUUUGGCCGAUGAUGUUCAGAAGUCGCUGGCAAACCCCGCCCUGCUCAAGACAGGCAGCGGCUCUGCACGCGGCGGUGGCGGCGGCGGCGGCGGCGCUGGGUCCGUGACUGUCGGCGCGGCGAUGGCAGCUGAGGCCGCCGCAGACGCCGCCGCUGCAGCGGUGGUGAAGGCAGGCCUGGCUGCGCCAGUUGUGGCAGCAGCGGCUGCGACGCCCGCGCCCGUGGUGGCGGCGGGUGCGGGCACGCCGCCUACUGCUAGCGACGGCACGGCGGCGACGGCGCAACCGCAGCAGCAGCAGGCGGUGGCGAUGGGGCCGCCGUCUCCACUACCGCGGGCGCCUCCCGCCGCGAUGCUGGGUGCGGUGGCAGCAGUGGCGGGCGCUGGCGUGGAAGGCGCUGCCGCGGCAGGUGACUCGGUGAUGCCGGCGGCAGCGCGGCAAGGACGGGAGCUUCGGACGCUGGAGGCGUACCAGGAGGGUGCGGGCUCUGAUGCGCUACUGGCGGUGCCGCUCCCGCCGCUAAGUGACGGCGUCGGCACGCACAGCACCUCUACGGCAGCGGGGUCGCAUCAGCAGCUGCUUGGCGGCAACGCCAGCUGCGGAUCCUUCGUCCCGCAGCACCCGGCGCGGUACCCCAUGCCGCCCGAGAGCUCGUCCAUAACCGGCGGCUCGCCUGAGCAACAGUCACAUCUGCCGCAGGCGGCUGUUGAGGAGGCAGCAGCAGCAGCAGCAGCAGGCGUCGUCCCGGCGGCGGCGGCGACAGCGCCCGCAGCAGCAGUCUCAGGGGCGGUGGUGCCGGCAAGCAAGGCGUCCGCGGCGCAAUCGGCCCUGCAGCAGCUGCAGCAAGGCCACCGGCAGCAGCUCUCCCUCCUGGCGCCACUGUCGCGCAACCAGCACCCGCAGCUGCCGCCGUCGCAACCAACAGCGGCCGGUGCGGCCGGAACGCCGCGGCAGGAUGGGGACGCGGGCUGGCAGGCACAGCCUUUGGACCUCCGACUGGUGGGCGCGCCAGCAGCAGGCGGCGGUAGUCCUGGCGAUGGCACAGCAACCCUGCACAAUCCGGCUCGUGAGGAUGCCCACGAGAUUUCGUUUGUGGGUUCAUCACAACCGUCCACGCAGCGCAACGCGACGUCCAUGAGCUACCCGACUGGGGCCUAAGGCCAACACACCGCAUGUUGCUCCGUGGCCCCUGUGCAUCCGGCGUCCUGCUGCCAGCCUUAUCAUUUGCAAGCCGCGACGGUGAGCGUACGGUACCGCACGCACGCAAAUGGGUACCGCAACCUGGGAUGGCGCAGGGGCAUGUCAUGCAGCUGGUAUGACCACGUCUACAGCAGCUGUCUAGGCAGAGCGUCCCAUCGUGACUGGCAUCAAAGCGUCGGGAUCUCGGCAUGUAGACGAGCAUUGCAGAGGACAUGGUUACGUAUGCCCAUCACGCUUGCGGGGUUUAAGCAGCAACAGUAGCAGCACGUAUCUCCAUCGGCAGCACAUGCGCACCCACACUGAGCGAGUGGGUGGGGGCUCGUUUUGGUGGCGACGACGCGGGCCAGCCAGUUCGUGGCGUGUGCCUGACACCGGCUACAGUACUGACACGGCCUGCUGCGGUUGGACCAGCCGAUAGCAGACUGCGGGUCGUGCGUGUAUUAGCCGCGUUAGCACGCGUUUCCUUUUAUGUGCAUUGCAGCAGCAGUGCGUUACGUACAGCAGUUAAUACUGGUCUCGGACAGAUACCUCACACGUCUAGGGCGGGAUCAGAGGUCGUGCUAUUUGCUCAGGAGUUUACGCCCGUUCUGGUGGGAGGUUGGUUGAGAGUGCGCGGCAUUAGCUUGUAUUGUACUAUUCUUCUAUCCAGUACUACCAUCGUGUAAAGGGUUGUAUCGCAUUACAUUAGUAUGCACAUCAUGGCCUGCUAUGCACUGCACGGCUGCAUGUCAGUCGGCGGCGGUGUGGGUGGGGUUGAGCUGGCGACGGUCAGGGAGCCCUCGUUUUGGGAGACUGCUACAUGUCUGUGAUUUAAAGGUGAGCCUUACGCAGCAACCGUUUGUUUGAUUAAGGAUGGAAAGGGCAGGAUACAAUCAAUGGAUCAAUGGAGACUGCAGGCUACGCCCCUUCAUUUGGGCCGCGAGCAGCCGUCCCUGUCAAGCGACAGGGUUUCAUUGACGCACUGAUGAUGAGACACAUGAGAGGAUACUGCGUGGGGGUGGGAGGGGCUGGAUCACGGACCCGGGGCGUGCUCCUAUAAGCUGAGCCGUUGGCCCUGAUGCCAGAGGGGUGAUGUGAUGGGCCGAUAGUCUGAUGCAUGGCAGGUGAGAUGCCUUCUGCUGGCAGGUGCAGCGGGUAGAAAUCCCAAUCGCCGCUGCGCAUCGGCACUGGGGUUGGGCUUGAAUGGCCUGUGCGACUGCAUUGUGCACCGGAUUGCAUCAUGGGUAUCACUGCUUGCAACCUUGGCCAGUUAGACACCGGUCAAGUCACGCCAGCAGUUUUGCGCCUCAGUUUUGCGGGGAAAGCAUUUUGGCAAUAAGAUUUGCAUUGAUGUGGAGCUAGCAGUCGAAGGUUGUGCGAGUAGACCGAACGGCAAGCGCUGAUGCAUUGAUCAUGUUGAAUGCACAAUGGGGUUUUCUUGCAGCCUAUGAGACAUACCGGUACAUAACCAUACCGGUAUCCGCGCUCGGGACUGGAUGGAAGGCUGGACGAUGGCACACUAGCAGGCGCUUCAAGAAGGAGGCGCGGGGUCCCGCCCGAUGGUUCUGCGCUGGUGCAACGCAAACCUCGGCAGUGCGUGUGUGAUGGGACAGGGUUCAAGGCAGGUUGGCGAGGUCCCGUAGGGUGCAGCCGAUGCCCAGACCCGUAAGCAGACAGCAAACAGUUUGCAGUGGCAGAGCAGAAGUGCACGGCUGGUCGAACGCCGGCGUUACUGUACCUCGGCAGUGCGUGCACAUGCACCUGGCAGAUGUGUGAAGCAGAGUGGGAUAUAUGGGACAUGAAAAAGGCAAAGCAAGUGCCUAAUGUAGUUGCGGCCGGAUAAACAACGUGGGAUGAAGGGCUGUGUGUAGCCCAUAGAGGUUCGGGCGCAGCUGCAGCGCGGCGGUAUAUAUAGUACAGGCCUCCCUGAUCCUGUCGGUACUUGAACCGUACGGUAGUGAGGUACCAGGCACUUGCGGGGAUUGGGUGGGUGGCACCGUGGCGGUUACUAACAAGGCGAAUCAGAUAUCAGCAAUGGAAGGUGUGCAAGAAGCUCACCAGUCCACUGCCUUGAGGUGCUCUUGAGACGGCCGGACGCCCGGACGGGAUACACACCGGGGGCUUGUCGCAGGGCAGCCUACAGUUAUCGAAGAUGCUUUAAGGAAACGAAAUGCCGGAGGUACCUUCUGCGGUGGACUGGUCAGUUACUAGCACGCGUGAGCGCAUGUAAAUACAUUUCAUC